GCACUUCAUGACCUCAGGUGUCAAGAACGACAUAUAACCCGCCAGGGGGGCGGAGGCAAAGCCGAAACAACGACAAAACUAGAUGACGAUCGGCAACUGCUCUCGCAAGGAUUCGACGGUUACUUUGGGCCUUUUCGCCCAUCUCAUCUUCAAUCGCUUUGAACCGGCAAAUCUGUCGGUUCUGGCAUGUCUUCUAGGAUUGGUGCCGUCGUUGCUUUCAAUACUUUUUCUAGUUCACCUUGCCAUCUUCAAAGCAUUGGCGUUUGCGUUUCUUACCUACUAUGCAACUCUCGCCUUGUCUAUCGUGGUUUACCGUCUGUCACCCUUCCAUCCACUUUCAAAUAUUCCCGGUCCUAUUCCCAACAAGAUUUCUAUGUUGUGGAUGCUCUGGAUCGGUUUGCAGAAGAAGCGCCAUGUGUACAUCAAGCAGUUGCAUGACAAAUAUGGAGACAUUGUGAGGAUCGGUCCGAAUGAAGUGUCCAUUCGAGAUCCGUCCGCAAUCACACCAUUGAUGGGCGCAAAUGGUUGGCCGAAAGGACCAAAUUGGACGGGUCGUACGCUGAACAACCCUACGGCCUCGCUCAUCGCUAUUCGAGAUCCAGCGUUGCACAACCGUCGAAGACGACCAUGGACUCGUGCUUUGAACACUGCGUCCGUCAAGGAGUUUCAGCCGCUCAUAGCGAAGCGCGUGAAACAGUUGGUUGAUAGGCUCGAACAACAGUCAAGUUCUAAAGAGAUCGAUCUUUCACAAUGGAUCUCGUACUUCACAUACGACUUCAUGGGGGAUAUGGCAUUCGGUCAUUGGUCAGAGAUGCUUGAUGAAGGGGACAAGGAUCAACUUUGGCAGAUCCUGAAGGGCGCCCUAAAAACAAUGUCGUUCUUGGAGCCAAUCCCUUGGUUGGCGCAAUUCAUUCUUAUGAUACCUAACGCGGGCGAAGGAAUGAAGCACAUGCGUAAAUUCAAUCUCGCGAGGAUGCAGGAUAGGAUGCAUUCCGACGUAAAGAGGAAGGAUUUGUUCUAUUACAUACAUAACGAAGACGGUGCAGAACCUCAACAGCCACCCAUCGCGCAACUUCUUGCCGACGCUAACCUCGCGAUCAUUGCUGGAUCCGACACUACAUCAACUACUCUGUCGAACAUAUUUUUCAGUCUUUUGCGCAAUCCCGGUGUCUACAAGAAGCUGCAAGCCGAAGUCGACCAGUGGUACCCCCAGGGAUCUGAUGCAACAGACCCGGAGCACCAUCAGGACAUGUCGUACUUAGAUGCCGUCAUCAAUGAGACCUUACGCUUGUUCCCCGUGGUCCCAAGUGGCAGUCAACGAGCGGCUGUUCGCGGUUCUGGUGGCAAAUUUAUCGGUCCAUACUAUCUUCCUGAAGGCACCCAGGCUCGUAUCCACUUCUGGUCCAUCCAAAGGGAUCCUCGCAACUUCUUUCCUAAAUCUGAUACUUUCUGGCCGGAGAGGUGGCUGAUCGCACAAGGCGAUAUGCCUGCGCCGGAUGACUUCCGGCACAACUUUGAUGCCUUCAUUCCGUUCUCAUUUGGUUCAUACAACUGCGUUGGAAAGAACCUUGCGUUGACAGAAAUGCGCACCGUCCUGUGUCAUGUUCUGCAGAACCUGAGUUUCCGAUUUGUCGAUGGUUGGGAUGCUGAUGAGUGGGAGCGAGGAUUAGAAGACAACUUUGUCAUCGACCAUGGCGCCUUGCCAGUGACAGUCACCGUACGUUCUUCAUCCCGAGCAGAGGACAGUGGAUAUAUGAGUCGUUAGCGACACCUGUAUGAAGUAUUUACUAAGUAUUUGGAUUACGCAACGAACUUUGUAUCACACUUUACCUAUCAUAC